CACUUUGAUUUAUAUACCAGCAUAUCCAAAGAUGUCUGAACAUAUCUUGCCUUAUCUUCGGUGGUGAAAACAGAAGCCUCCUCACAGCUACGCAACGAAUUUCGUGUCAUUCGCCCGACCAUUGACAGUCUAUGGCCCGACAAAUGAAGGCGUAGAUAUGAAUGCGCACGCGCAGACAAGUGUCGACAAGCGAUGUGCUGUGGUUUAUUUUUAGUGGUAUUACUAGCUCCGCUCCCACAGCUCUGAAUGCAUGCUGUAAAUCGAGUCUGAGGAAGGAGUUCAUUAAGGAGAAAGAAAGAAUUAUGAAUUUAGCCGUUGCAUGCUUCAUUUUCGCGUACAGUGCAUCGAACGCUUUAAAUUUCAGGGAAUGCAGACCUGAUAUGCCACUACAGAUCCAGGAAGGUACACAAAACUAUGAAAUAAUUUGUGAAAACUUUAAGCCUGGUUAUGCUGUCGAGUGGCAGCUGAAUAGGACGAUCUCAAACAACACUUACAACAACAAAGGCAUUUGUUUUGUUGAGGACAUCCCAAACUGCUCGGGUUCAACUAACGUUGCAUUUUCACGGCCCAACAACAGUGUCUCUCUGGCAAAGAUCUCGAAGGUUGACAGGACCUCACUAGGUGUGGCCAGUUUUACAUGUCAAGAAUUUAAGGAUAACAGUCGAGGAGAAGUCGCUGGUUGCAAUAUUGACAUAAUUUAUGGAGCAGAAGUUUCAUCAUGCAGCAUUCAAACACUUCCAAAUGGUUCAGUCUGGAGUUUGACAGGCAACUGCACCAUUACAAAAGUGUUCUCAACUUUAAACCGCUAUGUCUGUCAUCUCUGGCAAAACAAAGAGAGCUCAUCAGGAGUAGAAGUAGCCAACGUUACUUACAGCCCUACCCUCAAUAACAGCAGCCCACCAUAUGCGUAUGGUUCCUGCUCCUAUUCUCUGCCGCUUCCGAUGCAGAAUGGCAUUUACAACUUUAGUGUGAUUGUAUUCCCUGGAGAAACAAACAGGAAUGCUGGUAAUAUUACUGUAGCAAGGCCUCUGCAGCCCCCAAGCAUCAACUGCUCAAUGUCUAUGUUUCCAUUUGUGAUGGAGAAUGGGGACUUGUUCUGUACCUGUACAACCUCAGACCUUGGAUUACCCAGGGGACGACUAAUUGGAUAUUACGGUGGUCAGAGACUUAAUGCAAGUAAUUUUGGAAGUGGAUACUUGUCUUUUGAAAAGAGGAACUUGACCAGAACUGAUGAUGGAACUUCUGUCAAAUGUGUAGUGGACUGGGCCACACAAGACACUGAUGAUUUGAACACCAGUUUUACACUUCGUAUUGCAUAUGGCCCAGAUGCAGUCAUCAUUACUGGACCAGAUGUGUUUGAUAUCAACCCAUCACAGGUUCAAAGUAUCAGUUUGAUAUGUAAGGAAUCAGUGGUCAGCCCUUAUGUGAACUACACCUGGGCUGGCUGCCCCAGUGGUAACCCAAUGUCUCCUAUUUGCACUGCUCGUCCUUCCCUAAACAACACCAGCUAUUUUGUACAAUGUACUGUUAGCAACCCAUUAACACAAGUAGCAAGGACAGUAAACCACACCGUCGAACUGAACUAUCCACCAGGCAACGCACCAGUGAUCAGUACAGAGCCAUCUCUCAAUCCCAGUCAACCAGUAUAUAAGGGAGACAACUUCACUCUAACCUGCACAGUCCAUGGCGGUAAACCAGUAAACGCAACUCGUGUCACCUUCGCUUGUCCACAUAUGAUAGACAUGGGCGACAUCAUAGGAACAACUGAAGUCAACAGUAGUUUGACGUUUUUCUCUGUCUCAUCUGACAACCAGGGGAACUGUAGCUGUAGUGCCAUGUGGAAAAACACAACUUGGUACACACAGACAGCUGAGUGGACCCUCAUUGUUUAUACUCCCCCAUCUGUUCCAAAAAUCUUCCCACUCAGCGAUUCAACAGGAAAACCUGCAUAUCCUUUCAUGGUGGGGACCUCUGGUACACUGAGUUGUCAGAGCAAUCAGUCAGGUCAACCAGAAGCUACCUUCACCUGGCCUGCUUCAGAUACUGGUCAUGCUUCAGGGAGUAACCUGACUUUCCAUAUACUGUCUAGAGAAAAUAAUGGGAGAACAGUGAAGUGCAGCGCCAGCAAUAAUUACACAGAGAACAGACAGCCAGUUGAUAAUGCUACUUUUGUACUACAAGUCUACUAUGGACCUAUAGUCAACUUUACACACAUUUCCACUGGAAGUAGCUGUGUAGAGGACUCUAGUAAGUCUGUCUUUAGACAUUGUGUUGUUUCUGAGGGACAGAGGAUUCACAUCAACUGUACAGCUGACAGCAAUCCAGCACCUGCAUCAUUUCAGUGGCUGAGUCCAAGCAAGGAUGUCUACUCUAACACCAGUGAGCUGAUGAUCAUGUCCGCUAACCACACAAUCCACAAUGGUGAUUACAACUGUACAGUGAUCACUAAACAAGUAGACAUGGACAGUCGCCUGCCUCUUACAUCUUCAUCUGUAUUGACAGUUAUUGUUGGCUACUCUCCUAGUAUCCUGAACUUUAGCCUAAACAAUGUGGACAACAUGAUUGUGUAUGUUCAGGAGAAGUCCCGUAUCGACAUGAAGUGUGUUUGCAAUGGCAGACCUACUCCAAGCAUUCAACUCAUUAAUGUAACAGACCCUAACAAGUUUCUAAAUGAGAGUAAACCUACAGGUGACAUUUUCGUUGAUGAACAGACAGGUGAGGUCAGCCUCAGCAUAGAUCAAGUUCCAUGUGAGGCAUCAGGAGUCUACCAAUGUAAUGUUGUCAACAGCCUGGGUCAAGGCAGCCAAAAUCGCACUUUACUUGUGUAUUGUGCUCCCAGAGGAACAUUUGAUAGCGGAGAGAAUCCAAAUGCAGUUGUCAAUGUUACAAGUGGUAAAGGAGAGCUUUUUGUUAAAAUGACUGCAUAUCCCACACCAAUGGCUAAGACAAUAACAUACCUUGGCCAUAAUAAAGAGAUUUCUGGUGGAAAUCUUGUGACAGCAAAUACUAUUUCUGUGGAAUGUACUGCAAGCUUGUUUGCCCCAGCUGCUUUUACCUGCCAUAUAAGAGUUAUUAAUAUAACAACCAGCGAUGAAGGUUUUUACAGAAUUGUUUUCAGCAAUGAUUUUGGAGAGUUACCUUUCACUUUCUCUGUCAAAGUUCUAGAUCUUGCCAGUCAAGUACAAGGUUUGAACAUUCCAGCAGUGAUUGGCGGAAUAUUUGCCGCAUGUCUAGUAGUUGUCAUCAUUACUUUUACUGCGUUUUUAUUGCGGCGUCAAAGAAGAAAGGGGGGACAGCAGAAGUUAAGGAGUCGUGAUCAUCCAGAAAUGAAACAAAAGAAGACUACUGACGAUGAUGGAGAAAUGAUAAAUAACGAGAUAUAUGCUGGAUCAGAAAUCUUUGAACACGGACAAGUCCAGAUCUCAAGUGCACAAGGGAAUAAUUUAAGUGCUGGAAAGACUUCCAGACCAAACAAAAAAGGAAAAGGGAAAAAGAAAGUAAAAGCUUCAAUUUCCAUGGGUCCAGACACAGUCUAUGAAAAUGUUGCAUUUGAAAGCACAGAAAGGGAUCAUACAAAUAGCCCUGGCAAUCUUAAUAAGCAUGAACAUGAAAAAAUUGACAAUGCGGUACAACAAAAUAAAGAUGGCUUAAUUUAUUCAUCUCUGGACUUCGAUGAAAGAAAGAGUGCCAAACCACCACCUCCAAAACGUGAAGAGACUGAAUAUGUAUCUAUUGAUCUAAAGAAAACAGCAUUACUGCAGCAUAAAUUAAACAGUGAUUGAUGACCAUGGUCCAAGAUAUCUUUUGAUAAAAGACCACCAUUAUAUAAGAAGGAAUUAACAAAACAUUAUUGAUUAAAUUCAAUAUUUCACAAAGAAAUAUAUUGGCAUUACUUUGUAAUGUUUGAAAGAAGUAAGUUACACUCUUUUGGUUAAGAUAUGUAAAGUAAAAGAAAUUUCCCUAAUGUGUGAAAUGUCAGAUUAUAAAGUAUAUUGCUUAUGAAGCAAAGUAAUUUUGAGAGUGCUACAUGUUAAGUUAAUCCAUUUCCUUUAAGCAGUAAUCGAAGAUAGUAAGUUUAUUGUCUUGCAUUUGAUACAUUUAAGGUUUCUGAGUAGAAUAAAUUGAUAUUUGCUUACUCAAUUUACUGCUGAUUCAUGUCUGUUCUGAAAAUAAAUUGCAUAUGUUAGUGCUUCUAAAAAUUGUAAGACUAGUCUAGCCAGAAGCAACUAAAGGCACAUGUAUCCAAAACCAGUGGGCACAUGCGCUAGCAGGCCUAGCUGGUUCAGUGACCAUGUGGCAACGUAUACAUUCACCCUUCUUAGGCCACCUUAGGCCUUCAAAUGGGUGGCGAGCAAGGCAUUGAGGAAUACAAGAUCAGUUCCACCCUUACAGAAAAGCCUGUGGAAAAGAGUACAGAUAGGUAAUGGGGCUACCUUUACCUUUCAAUUAGUCAUGAGUGCCACUUAAGAAUAUUUGUUUACUUACCAUGUGAUAUGAACACUUUUAGCAGUGAAUCUGUCAGAAUUAUAUGCACUGAAACAAUAAUAUAAAUAAUAUAAAUCAUAGCUACUAGUGUCUUGAUCAAGGAGUGUAUUCACAUAGUCAUGUGGUAACCUUAAUGAGUGGGUAACAAUCUCUCCAAUUAGGGUAAAAGGUGGCAUUUUUACUAGCCUGAAGCCCUUUAUGCAAGAGAGGGGGGUGUAUGUACUAGUGCAGAUGUGUUGUAUGUGGUGGAAGCGCAGAGAGAAAGCCCUAUGUGGUUACAUUAAGCCAAGUGCGACCAGCCGGCUGGCUGAGGCGUCAAUGACGCCUAGGAAGAUAGUGACACCUUAGGGACUCUCACACCUGUGUCUGCCAGGUUAACGAUGAGUUGGGGUUAGUCACCUGUCCACCUCGCCACUUGUAUGCGGGGGCAAGGGAUCAGUAGGGGAGGGGUCGUCUCUCUCUCGUCGACGCUGGCUAAUUGACGAUCGAAUGAUGAGUGAAUGACCAAUGGCGUCCCUCGUUGUGUGUGUCUGUGCGAAUAUGCGAAGUAAAAUAGGGAAUGGAGAACCGGCAAGACGCUUCUCGGCACGACGUCAGGGUGGACAGAGCAACUUAAGCUUUCCUAGCGCUUACUUCAUUUUAACUCGAGACCGGGUCUUAAUCCAAGAGGACAAGACUCGAGAGGAAGGACUUCCCCUAAAAACCUCAUCCCAAUCAGAUGAUUUCUCGCCAUGUUACUAGCGUCUCUUAUAAUAAAAUGGAAAAAUUGUGAAAUUUUGUUGUAACAUCUCUUAUUUAGCAAAUUGGAUCUGCAGCAAUCUGCUUAAAGGUAAAGGUAGGGAAGUUGAAGAUUGUUGAAGUUGUUGAAGAUUGUUGAAGUUGUUCAUAAAUACAUUGUAUAAGCAACUGGAAAAGUUAAAGACACAUGCAUGACUACUUUUGUUGAUUUUAUAUAUCAAUCUUGAGACUUUUUUCUAUCAGUCAUUCAUUGAAAAUAUUUUAUUAUUUUCCUUUUCUGCUGAGUCUACGGUGUCUCUAUGACAGGAACAGUUUGAACAACAAUCCUGUCAAUAAUUGUUUGAAGGUCAUUGGUAUUAAAAAGAAGAGGGAUAUGGUCUCUUUUUGCAAUCAGCAAAUUGUCAGAAACGCUUCCAUCAUUUUGUCUGUACGUGAACAUGUCACAUGACACUUUUUUCGAAAUUCAAGCAAAUGCUCUGCUAUGUCUGUAUGCAUGUAAAGUAGAAGACACUUUGUUCGUACCCUCAGCAGUUUAACUACUCAACAGAAAAUGUUAGUUAUGUCCAUGCGCAUGCAAACACAGAUGUGUUUUUGCAGGUGUGGGACGUUGUACGUGUUUUCACAACUGUUCCAGAUGGAUGACUGCAUUUUAAAAAUCUAGCUUGUGUUUUAUGAUCCACCACGUUUUUUGUAAUUAACACUUGUUCCUUGUUUUUUGUGGGUGUGUGCUUCAUGGCUAACUACACGUUCCCAAGCUAUAAUUGCUCACUGGGAUUGGUAAAGUUGGGCCAUUUAUCAUUAGUCAUUUACAUGCAGAAGAAUAUAAUUUUAUUAGGUAUUUUUUAUAUCAGUUUUGCAGUAAAGCAUGGUCAGCAUGCAUAUUCAAUUUAUUCACAAAAGACUAAAACAUAACAGGAAUUGAAAGAAAGUGAAGAAUCUUUUAAGUGUUAAGCACACCAUUAAGAGCUACAGUCCUCAAAAACACAAACGCUUAUACAACUUACCCUCUCAUGCAUUGGAAAUCCUUUGUAGUUUAAUAUUUGUCAUCAGAUCAUGAAAAUGUAUCUUAAAUAAAUGAGACAGACUUGGUUCACUGUGGGAAUAUGGAAUUAUGUGUGUAUAUACAUCUUUUUUACUGCUUCAGCUAUUUUAUGAUUCUAAAAUUUAACCGUAUUUCUGCUUACCUAUCAUUAUGAACAGAUGUGCGUUAAAAUAUAACUAUGCAACUUAUAUAUAUAUUUAGCUUGUAUAUCACACAUUUCAACCCAGAAAGUGGCACUGUAUGAAAUUGUUGAAAAUUAUUUUCUGAACUAUUUUCAUAGAGACAAAAUAUUUUGAAAUAAACGGUUUUGUAUUAUUUUA